GAGACCACGGCGGGAAGCGGCACGUGGACGCACGCACGCGAAUUCUGGACCCGCCUGCUCGGGGGCGGCGCACCGACUCUUCGAGAUACAGUGGUUCCGGACAAGAAAGUAAAAUUAAAAAUUUUGAGCACGCAAUAUGUCCAACGUUCAGACUGAGGUAAGAAGACUUUUAGAAGAAACAUUACGCAUUCAAAAAACUGCCGAAGAAAUCAUUGAUAAGAUGUUGAACGAAUUUGUGAAACAAUUGCCAACUGAAAGAGAAAGAGCCUUGAGAAGAGAAGCGGUGUGUCGGAAAAGAUUGUACGUAGAAGAACUUCAGGAGAAGUGCUGGAGGAACAUCACCCAGUGUUACCAACUUCUGCAGGGGGACGUGGACACUCCAGAAAACAGCUGCAGCAACACUUCUCGCACAGCAGGUGGGGUGUCGCGGUAGCAGCGAAGUAAUUCUUAAAGAUUUGGACAUUCAAAUCGCUUCCAGAAGAUCUCAGAUACUGCAGUAAGAGAUUUGUAUCAAAUAUCUUUCGGAUAUUUGUAUCUGUAGUGUAAUAAUUUUCCCGUAAGGAGAGAAUUACACCAUUACAGUGCUCACAUUACGAGGACACUAUUUGAUUGAAAAGAACUGCUCAAUGUUUUGAAACAUGUACAGGACAUAAAGAUGGUCAAUGGCAUAAAGUGAAUGGAACUUACGAAGACGCGCAUUCAAAAUACUUAUCUCUUAAAAUUUAAGCUGAACCAAUAAUAUUUUAUUAAAGUUUUUCAAACACGUGACAUAUCUAGGUUCACAAUCAAACGUUAUUUCCAUAUUAAUUCUUUUUUAAAUUUUCCUUUAUGUUUACGCGAGUUGAAAGAAAAUGUAGACGUGUCAUCUCAGUUCCAUUCAUUGAAUGAGAAUUAGUUGCAUCACAAAACUAAAAUUCCAUAUUUUAUUCGAAAAUUCUGUAAAUAAUUUGUACUAUAAUGCAUAUUAACCACGUAUUUAUAUUGUCCACCAAAGUGAUAUUAGAAGUGAAAAAUAGCUAGAUCACUUCUAGAAAUAAUAUAAGAACUAAAAUAUAUGCACGUGAAUAUAAUCUAGAUCAUUAUAAUGUGUUUUUCAAAUUUAAGAAAAACAUAUUUUGUUGCUAAAAGUGCGUUUUUUAAAGUUCACAUACUCUUCUUACAUCUUACUUGAUCACGUGAAGGACUGUAAGUUUAAAAAUCAUUAUCUCUGUUUUCAUUUUGCUUAGUAAUUUAUUUGUACAUUCAGCCACAAGAAAAUGGAAGAUUCAAAAUGGAUUUUCAAUUUUGAAAAUGCAAUUUUGUUCAAUAAAUAUAUUGAGGAAUUAUUUCUAAAUUACCAUUUGCAUUGCAUUCAUAAUUUGUUUCGUGUGCAAAUUGUUUAACAGAAGCUGUACUUAAUUUUUAUGACAGAUGGAUAAAUAUAGAAUGCAUCACGACAAUUAGUCAUUUUAUUUAUUUAUAUUAAAAUAGAAUGAUAAAAACAUUUCUAAAGAUACCAUGCUAACAUAUUAUUUACGUCCUAUUUUGUUUAUAAACCAGUAAUGUACUAUGAGAUAUUUUGUGUACAUAAAUAAGUCUAAAUACGAUAUUGAUGUGAAAACUUACUAUGUGAAUCACAAAUUAGUGGAUUGUCAAAGGAGAUUUGUAAUGUGCGUCGUGGUAGAGGAAAAACAGUCUUUCACGUUGACACAGUGAGAUUUUUGAUGCCAAUUUAAACUCCAUCUCUUCCUUACAGUUACUAUAACAAAUUAAGUAAUUUUAGUAACAUUGUGAUAAGGUAAAGUUGAUAUCCAUGAAUUAAAAUGCUGUAUUUUGAAACCACUGACUUACUUAUUAAUGCUAAAAUGACAUGUAAAUAUAAGGAUAGUAUUAUAUUCCAUGUAGAUAAUUUGAAAUGAUAUGCAGUGUUCCAGGUAUUUAUGUUAUUUUACUAUAAAUUAAGAAAUAACGUAAUGAUACCUUAGUAAUGAGUUAUUAUUACAAUAAAAAGUAAAGAAUUUAAGUUGUUAGU